CGAAGCUUCGCUUCCGUUCAGGGCUGUUAUGACUGUGGCUAGGACGCCUGGCUCUCCUUGGCUAUAGAUAUCCCUCGUCAGCGAAGAAUUCGUGGCUGAUUAUGUGAAGUCUUCCGGCUUAUGCCAGUGUUCCCUGCUCAGAUCCAUACUGAAUGUGCGCUGGAUGUACGGAAAAGAACAACCACACGGCGAUGAGAAAUGCUGCCGGAGCGUUAUUACUGGCCCUGUCUCUGUUUGCCGCUGCGGUUCUCGGCGAUGCCGUGCCCUCCAUGUGCCGUUCCGAGUACCAGAACCUACCGGGUGGCUUGGUGCACACGGCCUGCAAGCCUCCCAACCCAAACUGCCUCUUCGUCUCGACGGGACUCAGCGCGGCUGAGAAGGCCGAAGUGCUUAAGGCCCACAACGACUACCGGUCCCAGGUGGCACAAGGGCGACUUCCCGGCUUCCCGGCGGCUACAAACAUGUACCGAUUGAAAUGGGACGAAGAGCUAGCACAGGUCGCCCAAGCUUUCACCAACUUGUGCGACGACAGGCAUGAUAAAGAAGCACAGCGAAGAACAUCGAAGUUUCCCAAAGUGGGUCAGAACAUCGCCUGGAAUUACGAGCCGACGGAGACUCCAGUCGUCGACAGCGCAGGCCGCGUGAAAGAUUGGUUCGACGAAUACAAAGACUUCAACGCGGGCAACGUGGAUCCUUUCCGUGUUGAUCCUGGGCCUGUGGUGACUCAUUUUACGCAGGUAGCCUGGGCAGAAACGCGGUACAUAGGCUGUGGUUACACGCACUACAAGCUUCGCAAUGACAACGAUCCGAGGCUUCCGUUUAAGAAGCUUUACGUAUGCCACUAUGCACCAGCUGGCAAUGUUAUUCGUAGAUCCAUGUACAAGAGAGGAGUGGCCUGCAGUGCUUGUCCGGCAGGAACAACGUGCGAUGCGUCCACCGGUCUAUGCACGGAGGACAACGUCAUCAAAAAACAAACACAAGGGCAACGUCCACAUGAAAAUAUAACCACGAUGGAACCAAUAACCAAGACGGAAGAAAAGGUCACCCACAAACAAACGAAAUGGCAACGUCAACAUGAUAAUAUGACAAAGGCGGAACCUACAACCGAGUACACGCCUGGAGAGUCGGACGGAUUGAGCGGAUCGGACAGUGGUGGCGGUGCCGGUUCACCAUGGGCGAUAGUGGCGUUCUUCCUUCUGGGCAUACUUGCCACUGCAGCAGUUGCCAUUGGAUUGCUCUACGUACGCUGGACAACUACCGUGCCAGCUGACUCUGCUCGAGAACCGUGCGGAGUCUAGGGGGCAAUGCCACAAAUGCAAAACGCACCCAGUAUCUAGCGCUCCUAGAGUAAGGCCUAUUCAUUUUCUUGCUGCCUGUUCAAAUCUUUAAAAAAAUAUUUGUAUAUUUCUCGCCACUCUGCGAAAGGGAGUGUUUGAGUUUUCAAGCAUGGUUAAGCACUGCGAAUCUGCUCAGGAAGAGACCACAAGCUGCCAUCUGCCCAAGGACUUGAUAAUAGUACGGCUGCUCACGAUCAAGGCAUAUAACAUUGUCAGCGUCCUUCAGAAGGCACAAUCCUUCCGCGCUUCCACAUCCUUCAUUAAAUAAAACCUUCAUCUCAAAAA